UUCAAAUUGGUAAACUUCAAAUCCAUCGUAAAAUCUAUUUAAAAGUGCAGUUCUAAGCCGGUGCGUGAUUUUAAGUCUGUAAAUAGAAGCAAAUUGAAUUAGUGCGCGCGUCAGUUACAGUAUGCACCGGGCCGUGCGCCGCAGUAGUCUUUAACACAUGUAAUUAUUAUUCAAUAAUUCGUUUUACGCGCAGUGUAGUGAUAGCGGGCGACAUGAGCGCGCGCGCAGCCUCGCCCGCUCUCAUAGAGAUCGCGGAACCCGACGCCGCGGACUGCCCCACCCUCGCCCUACUCCCUGAAGGCAACGUCAAACACAAAAACUACAGAAUGCUCAACGAAAACCUCCGCGCCUACACCCCGACUGGAGACAUCCACACGUCACCAGAAAAAGGAAAGCUUGUCGCCAAAUUUGAUGUAUCUUCCUCAAUCUCACCACCGCGAGCAAGAAUACUGGAGCUGCUCAGACCUGAUGACCCUGGACGUGAAAGCUUGGAAGCCAUAGUUCGACCAGUUUCAAGAAGAGGCUUAACCCGACCUCUUGACGAAGACACAAGAAGAUUCUUGCAAAGAGCGCUUCUAUCCCCAAGCCCUUACGGAUUUUCAGCAGAUUCACCAGAACCUCUCCAUCGAUCUGCUAAAGCACCGUAUACAACUGAGCCUACAACUCCAGAACCUGAAGAAAAACCUCCGCAGAAAAAGGGUCGGUCGUUAGCCGAUGAGCUGCGUGAUGCUGAGGACGAGACAAGUGAAAAGAAGGAUAUAUACUUGGAGUUUAUCAAGCGUGGUGGUGGUUUGAAGGAUGCAGUGGAACGGGAGAGAUUAGGGAAGCUCGCGUUGUCAGUGGAACAAGACAGUGAUAGUGAGAGUGAGGACAGUUUGACAAUUGCCGCUCGGAGGCUGGACGCGUUGCUGGAGGAGUCCCGAGGGCUACACAAGGAGCUGCAGGGCAUCCACCAGGACAUGCAGGCGCAAUGCGUGCGCGCCGGCCGUUGCGCGGCGGCGGCGCGUGCGCUUGACGCCGAGUGCCGCUCGCUGCGUUUCCUCGACGACGUGUUGGCCCUCCUGAGGGGCGAUGUGACCGCUGCCAGUGCCCGGGCUUGGCCUUUUGCGUUACCUACUAGGUUGCCUGGAAGAAACUACAUAAUUUGAGG